AUGGCGUCUGGAGGGAAUGUGCUUGUAGGCACCCCCGCGGAGUCGGUGCUCAAGAAAGGUGACGUCAUCACCAAGAUUGGGGCGCGGGGCACCCACGGUCUGAGCCAUCAGCAGGCCGUCGAGCUCUUCAACAGCGCCGGCAACCAGAUCGAGGUGACCUUCAAGAGGUCCGGGGGCGCCGCGCCCUCCCCCGCCCCCUCCGUCCUCUCCGCCCUCCACGCCUCCACCGCCGUCAGAACCGCGCAACCCGCGCCCCCCAGCGCCGAGAACCCGUCGGUGCAAGCCUUGCCCAGAACCACUUUCGUCCUCAAGUCAGAACUCCCUGCCAAUUUUUCAGCUCCCACCGUCGCGACUGAUGAUUCUGACAAGUUCUCAGUACAGAACCAGCCUUACCGCACAACCCCCCUGGUUCAACCGACCGCCAAAGCCAUCACUGAGCUCGGUAUCGGAAGCUACACUCACCUCCGUCUUCAGGAGGAAAUUUGUUCAGGGGUUCGUGAACCCCAACUUGUGCCCGUGACCCCUGCUCAGGCCAACGCACUCAAAGCUAACGAAUACAUCAUGAAGCAAAAGGUACGAUCCUUCUUCGUUGUCCCCAGGGCAAGGUCUCCGGACCCUUCUGUGUCCAUCCGCAGCUUGUUGCGACCCACCCCGGUGUUCAGAAAUCGUCCGACAUGGAGAGAGAGCACUACAAUAUCAAGCAUAGGCAAGAAUGCAUUCAAGAUAGGUGGUCAGAUGAUAGCCCUUAGGCCAACUAAGGUGCGUCUUGGUGCUUCACGAGUAACUAAGUUUGCUCCUAAACAGUUAUUGUCACCGAGCAUGUGGCGCAGUAUGUUGAAGAACACCCCAGUAAAGGAGGUCAAGAAGAAACCAGUUAAGAAGGAGCGAGAAGCUCUUCCUGAAAUAACUUUACGUAAAGAGAAAGUUAUUCGGGUGGCGACAAGAGAUAUUCUAGAGGAAUAUUGUAACCAGACAGUCAAGGAAGGACUAACUGGCAAAAAGUUUAAGCCCCGUAACCUCAAAGUCAAAACUCACGAAGGGAUUGUCGGACCCGCUAGAGCCACCGAGGUCAAGGUGCUGUUCCUCGAAGGCAAAAGGAACAUUUCCGUCACUAUAGUUAUACGAAAAUUCGAGGAAUAUGAAAGUUUUUUCACAGUCGGGGAUAAAAGCGUACUGCCCCCUGGUCCUUGUGCAUCUUUCACUUUCUCGCUUGACUACAAGAAUGGCAUGACUAAGAACCAUCCGAAAGUUCUUCCACCUCCGACGUUCCAGUCCAUAGACGUUCAGGAGACUGUCAGCAUCUGCGUUACUGGCGAUGCCAACGCUAUAGAAGCGUGAUUUCUUUAUGAACAUUAGAUAGUCUUACUUUUAUGAUCGUAGAUUAUUCAUAUUAAAUUAAAGAUCUAAUUAAAUUUCCUCAUGCAUCUAAAUUGAGACACUUAUAUUACAUUGUUUAGUAUAUGAGUCCUUUGAAAAUUGGAUAUUCAAACGAUCGAACAUUUCGAACAAAAGACAAACUUCAACUUGGACGCUGGUAAACUCCGUUCUCGGAGACGCCACGCGGAUGAUUUAUAUCCCGAGGAGUUGAAAAUUAAUCGCAAAAAAUUCAGCAAAUGCUUGUUGUAUUGCCGAAUUGUUCUCUCUCCUUGCCGGACGAAUUUCAAGCAGAAGCACCCUGCACUGCAAAAUUGCCCCUGUCAACUCCGCUUCUGCCAACUCCGUUCCUGUCAACUCCCCUUCUGCCAACUUCGCUUCUGUCUCCGUCUCCACGCUCGUAUAUUAACGCGUCAACCAUCGCCUCUGUCAAGUUCCCUUCUGUCUGCCGUCUCUUCGCUCGUAUUAACACGUCAACCAUCGCCUCUGUCAACUUCGCUUCUGUUUGCCGUCUUCACGCUCGUAUAUUAACACGUCAAGCAUCGCCUCUGUCAACUUCCCUUCUGUCUACCGUCUCCACGCUCGUAUUAACACGUCAACCAUCGCCUCUGUCAACUUCGCUUCUGUCUACCGUCUAUAACCCAAGCUGCCACCUAUAAUGCUAUAAAAAUAAUUGUGUCCUUAUGUUGAGGUUGCUUUUGUCUUCUGUUUUUUCCUGUAUUAAUUUCUGAAUUAAUAAAUUAAUGUUUCUCUGUCU